AAGGGGAGGGGUAGCAAGGUAACUCACCAUCUGAUCCUGUCACUACCCCUGAAGGGUAGACACUUGUCAAACACUUCCUCUCGUCCGUGUUGAUCAGGAUAAACCUUGACAUAAAAGGUAUGGACCAAUCAGAACACGCGGCUCACAAGAUCAACUAAUCAGAGCAGAUAAAUGUGAUUUUCUGAUAAGGCAAAGUAGAGACGCACUUCAUGGACAGAAAAACACAGGCGACAACGACCAAUCAAUCAUUAAUAAGAUUGAGAAAAGAACACACAGACGACAACAACCAACCAAUCACGAACCGGAUUGAGACAAGAGCACACAGGCAACAAUGUUUUUUCGGAUGAUUAUUGUGCAAUUUCAUCUACAAAUAAUGCAGGUAUAGAGGGGAUUCCCUUUAAAAGUCGACUUCUGAACUCAACAGAUACUUUCUUCGACAUAUAAUUGAUUGCGCAAGGUUUAAUACAACCCGAAAUAUAUUCCGGAAAGCCAAAACAUCCGUGCAACAAGAAAAACUUUAAGCUUUCAUGCAUUUGAGAUCUGUUAAAAUCAUAAUUAGUAUGUUCCAAGCGAUUACUACACAAAUGAAAAAAAACUUUUACUGAUUCUCUUUCUUUUUUUUACUGAUGAUUUUUCUACAAAUUAUUUGGCUUAUUUCCGUGUUAAUUAUAUGUAAAUAUUUAAGGGCCCCAAAUCUACCUGCCUGGACAAUAUUAGAGACUUUGAGAUGCGACAACGGCUAAGGCUAGGUCGGAGUGACCGAGAUAACACUUUAACGCGACAAAUUCCACAAAAGUUUUGAUGAAAUUAUUAAAAGACUUUAACCGUAAGCUUCUUUCUAGGAUAUUGGAAUUUCACGUCGUGUAUUGGUGGAGAAAGGUAGGAAAUCUAUCAGAAAAAAACGUAUUUUCACGUGCACCCUUUCAUUUCACAAUUUAAUUCCAUUGUUUUCUAUAGUCGCCGUACUCGUAUAAAGUCCCUAUUACCAUUUGGCUUGCAGGAAGUGGGUGUCCAUAAUUUAAUUUAACGAAAAAAUAAUAAAAUGACAUUUUGUUGUAGUUCAAACUGCUGUCAAUCCUGUCUAUCCAAUAUGAGAACCCACUUUAAGUCCAAAAUGCUUGACAUUGCGCCACUCAACCAAUCAGAGCGCCCCAUUAGUAACACGUGACGAUGUAUUAACGCAUUGCCUGCUAGUUCUACCCUCUCGUCAAGUCACAUUCAAGAGGAUGAUUGAUGCUUGAAGACAUGUUUCUGGGUGCUCUGCUAACAGUUCUUGUUACAGUCAAGCUAGUCAGUUGCCAUGCUGGUUAUCGGCAAGAUAACAAGACUAUCGAUGAAGUUGCGGAAUAUAUACAACAUUAUUACAACAAAGUGCAGAGGCCUUCUACUCCAGAGAGAGGGCCGCUCCGAGUGGUGGUAGAUCUGGUCAUCAUUAGCUUGAGCAGCUUGGAUGAUAACAAUAAGAAUCAGCGCUACCUUGUCCUGCAAGAUGGAAUUCUAUAAUUUUCCUAUGGACCGACAAAGCUGCCCUGUGACGAUUUCAAGCUGCGUCUACAGCGCAGUCCGGGCCAAUAUUGAGUUCCGGCGGCGCAUCCAAAACUUCCUGCUCUGCUUCUAUAUACCAACCAUCCUGACCGUGAUGCUCUCAAGGGUCUUCUUCUUCAUCAGCCCCAACUCGGCACCAGCUCGCUGUGCUCUCGGUAUUACCACCGUGCUGGCAGUAGGCGGAUUCCUCACUGGACAACAACGAUCUUCCCCAGUAGUCUCGUAUGUGACAUCGGCUGACAUGUACAUCCUGGUGUGCUACGUGUUCGUGUUCUGUGCCCUUCUCGAGUACGCCGUGGUUCACUACUUCUUCGUCUACGAAAAGCAAAUCUAUCGAUACCAGCUUCAACAACAAUCACUAAUAGACCAAUCAGUGCAAGGGAUAACUCAAGACUUGCUGAUCGACAAAGGAGCACUAGAGGAAAACAUAUCCCUUUAUCCAUUCCACAACGCCGCAGAAGUGAUAACAAUUCCCAAACAAAAGGCUCCUUCAAAACUGAAGUGCGGAUCGCGAAGCCUGGGCCUCGAGCACGUGGCAAGGACCACGCCUUGUUGACGGGGAUAGGGGAUAAGGAAUUGGCUAUCGAGCGAGUGUCAAGGGUCGCAUUUCCUUUAGCGUUUGCUUUGUUCAAUGCAGCUUAUUGGGCGAUUUAUCUACCCGGGCACUAAUGGAAUUAACGUUCUAUAUUUAUAUAUUUGUUUUAAGUCCCUUUUGACACGUCCGUAAACAAUGUAAAUUAUGUACUAUUUAAAACACGAUCUUCGAGUGUUUUGAAUGGCAUAACAUACUCGGUCAUAUUCAAUAGGCGCUUUGACUAAUCGAGGUGGAGAAACAAACGUAUCUAGUUCAUCAGGGAAUUAAGUAGACAAUGAUUUUUUGUUGAAAUGAAAUCAAUUUAGUCAUUCUUCGGGCGCUAUUGAAUUCACAACAACAUGCCUACGAAGUGGCAGUUUACACCGCCGAAAUCCAAAGAGGAAAAAAAAGUUCUACAAAAUAGACGUUUAAAGUAUUUGCCGAAUGGUGUAGACGAUUAGUGAAAUGGAAAUGAACAAGAGGUAUAUAAUAUCACUAGUGACAUAUGCUUCAUGUUCAUUUGCUAUUCAUUGUUCUUCUAUUUUACCCCACUAUAUCACUGGGGACGAUUUCAAUUCCCUCCCCAGACUUUAGAAAUGUAGAGUGCAUUAUUGGGUAUGAAAGCCUAUACUUAUACUAUAACAAGGGUAUGAUUUUUAUUAUUAUUAUUAUUACCAUUACCAUUAUUAUGUACUAUUUAAAACACGAUCUUCGAGUGUUUUGAAUGGCAUAACAUACUCGGUCAUAUUCAAUAGGCGCUUUGACUAAUCGAGGUGGUGAAACAAACGUAUCUAGUUCAUCAGGGAAUUAAGUAGACAAUGAUUUUUUGUUGAAAUGAAAUCAAUUUAGUCAUUCUUCGGGCGCUAUUGAAUUCACAACAACAUGCCUACGAAGUGGCAGUUUACACCGCCGAAAUCCAAA